GUUCUCAGUUUGGAUCUCUUUUUUGGACCUCUUCUUUAUGACUGGGAGUAUGGAUAGUCCCUGAUGGACUGCAGACAUAUCCAGGUCUGAAUCUAGUUGUUCAGUCAUGAUGCGUUACUGGGGUGAGAUCCCUGGACCUUCAGGGGCUCCCCCCAGCCGCAGCUCCUUCGACUUGCUUCAGCGGGAGUUUCGCUCCGUGGAGGUGCAGGACCCUCCUUUACACCAGCCCUCGGCCCAGCGUCCACGGCCCACCACGAUGCUGGACAUCCCCUCAGAACCCUGCAGCCUCACCAUUCACACAGUGCAGCUAUGCCAGCAUGCCCGCCGCCUCCGUGCUCUUCUGGCAGCAGCACAAUCUCAGGGCCAGAGCUCCACAUCCUCAGAGGGCGGCAGCCAGCUAGGGGAGGCUGAUGCCAACUUGCCCCUUCGUCCUCCAACCCCUCCCGCUAUGCCAGAUGAUCUGCUGCCUGUAGACAGCAAAGCCCCCCGCCAGCCCUUUCAGCUUCGCCAUAGUGACCCUGAGAGCGACUUCUAUAAAGGUAAGGGUGAACCGGUCACAGAGCUGAGUUGGCCCUCCUGCAGGCAGCUCCUUUAUCAGUCGGUGGCCACGGUGCUGGCCCACGCUGGCUUUGAGUCUGCCCAGGAGAGCGUGCUGGAGACCCUGACCGACCUGGUCCAUGAGCAUUACCUCCGAAUCACCCACCUGCUGCGAGUAGCUGUGGACCGCGAAGCUCGACUGGGAGCCAGUCCUUUCCCAGAUGUGGUAGAGCAAGUGUUCCAUGAGCUGGGCAUUGGCAGCGUGCUGGCCCUGCAGCGCUUCUGGCAAGUGAGGAUCAAGGACUAUCACACCUACAUGCUGCAGGUUACUAAGGAGCUGUCAGAGGAAUACGAGCGGCUGGUAAAUCCAGAGAAAGCACUAGAAGACUCCAAGCCCCCCAGGAUUAAAGAAGAGCCCAUGAGUGACAUCUCCUUCCCUGUUAGCGAGGAGCCAGAGGCCGACCUGGCUCCUGGGGAUCAGGCCUUACCUAUGGGGGUGCUAGGGGCUCAUGCUGAAAGGCUGACGUCAGGUCUGGAUGGUGACCAUUCUCCACAUGCCACAGGUGGAGGUGGGGCCAACAACUCCCCUCUGUGGCCCCAGGUGAAAAUGGAACCGCAAGACGGUGACGAAGGUCAAGGUGCGAGCCACCAUCACCAUCACCACCACCACCAAGGGGCCCUGAGCGGAGACGUGUUCGAAGAGGGAGGACCCAUGUCCACCAUGAGCGAAUCAGGAGGUGCCAUGGCACCGUCACCGGGAGGGCUGGCGUCMGACGGCAGCUUCGCCUCACAUUCACCAGAUUCACUUAUGGGAACCUCCCCCGUCUUCAACCAGAGACCCAAGAAACGAAUGAAAAGGAUGUGAAGAUUUGCGUGUGGGGUUGUGAAAAAUCUCCGAAAGACUGACUCUUGGUUGUUUUCCCAUGUUUUUAUUCCAUCAGUGAGAAAAGAACUGAACUAAAAGACAAUCAGUUCAUUCAGUGAAGACUGAYCUGAUGGCAAACUGCGGUAUUAAGGAUUCAGGUUUUCUAUUUUCUCUGAAGUUGGAAACUGGUGUUUACAACCAAAUAAAUAAACAUCUUGUGAAGUAUACAUGAAGUUUUAUGGUUGGCUGGAUAAACAGGUGAGGAGGUCAUUUUAAUAGAUCUAAACAUAUCAGAUGGAGAGUAAGCUCAGUCUGUUUCAGUUACAAGGUUUUAUAUUUUGGAACAAUAAAAAUGUUUAGUUACUAAGUGUGACCUUUCUAGGAUGURUACCUAAAUGCUCAAGACCAAAAAACUGGAAAAUUCAGGUUUUAUAGAAGGACUUGCGCUCUUAGAGUUAAAAUGUUUUGCUAAAUACUUGAGAAUGUAUUUUUUGUGUUUCUAAUCUUUUAAUGCUUUAAUCUGAGUUUAAGAGCUGAUGAUAUUUAAUUAUGCCUUCACAUACAGUUUAAAAUAAAAGUAAAGCAAUGGUAUUUUCUUAAGGAUCACCUAAUGAACCUAAUUUUUCUACCAAUUGGGCCGACGUAGUAAAAACAUGUCCUGCUCUCAUCUUCAAAUUCCAUUCAUCAAUAUAAAACUUUGGUUCAUCAAAAACGUACCUCAUUCCUUCCUCGCGCCGCCGCAAAUUACGAGACAUUUUCAACUUCUUGUUUUCCCAAUGCAGCACUCUUCACAAGUGUCUCAACACAGUAAGAAGAUUCACACUCCUGCCAACCUGAAGCCGCUUCACCACAUUAGCAUCUGUUUCAGUAAUGAGGCAAAGCUGUGGAUGCAACACCAGAAGCAAUUAUGGCUUGGUUGUUUGCACCACGAAGGCAACAUCAAUCCAGCCUUAAUGGCAAAUUAAUUAUGCCAUGCAUAACUCUGCAUCCUGAAUGAGCAGGCCCGUUUUGAGUGCGAGUGAUUUGCUUUUGUGUGGACCUCUUUCAUUUUCACAAUUGGACAGGUAAUUGUCUGUUCCUCUGGAAAAUGCUGAUGGGGGUCAUAUAUAUUGAUAUUCAGUUAGCUGUAUUGAUUUAUGUUUUCUGCAGUGCUGUGUGAGCCAGAUGAUGAUUCAGGGCAACUGAAAAAUAAAGUUGGACUUCUGUGCUACUGGAGUUGAGCAGCAUUGUCAACAUUUUGAGGUGCUGUAAAUGAAUAAUUAGAAUGAGAUAAACAAGCAAUUAAAAAAUUA